CCUCCUCCUCCUACUGUCUGUCCCUCAGGCUCCUGUGUGUGACACGUAAACUUUGUCCGGUCCAGACGUACCCACGCAGGACACCUCCACCUGGGGCAGGGAGAGCAGAGAGACCCCCUGUCCCGACCUACAGUCCGGCAUUUAGUAAAAAAUGGAGGCGAGAGACGCUACUGCAGGUGCUCUUGUGAGCAGUGAUGGAGAAGAGCAAGCUGCAAAGAAGGAUGCACCUACUACAACUGAAAAAACACCCACCAAAAGCAAGAUGGAGCAGAUCUUUGGUUUCAAGAAGGAGGACCUGACCUCCUGGCAGAACCUGGUGACCCUCCUGAACCGGCCCACUGACCCUGCAUCUCUGGGCAUCUUCCGCUGCUUGUUUGGUUUGCUGAUGGCUAUCGACAUCACACAGGAACGUGGGCUCAGUCACCUGGAUUAUAAGUACCUGGACGGGGCUCCUGUGUGUCGAUUCCCCCUCUUCAAUUUCUUACAGCCGCUGCCGAUGGACUGGAUGUACCUGGUGUACGCUGUGAUGUUCCUCGGCGCCUUGGGCAUCAUGCUCGGCUGUUUCUACCGUCUCUCCUGCCUCAUGUUCAUCUCAACCUACUGGUACAUCUUCUUCCUGGACAAAACUGCCUGGAACAAUCACUCGUACCUGUAUGGCCUCAUUGGGUUUCAGCUCACGCUCAUGGACGGCAACAGAUACUGGUCUGUCGAUGGAUUGCGGAGACCUUCUAUAAGGAAUGCACAUGUGCCUCUGUGGAACUACACAUUGCUGAGGACACAGAUCUUUAUAGUUUACUUCAUCGCUGGGAUCAAGAAGCUGGAUGCUGAUUGGGUGGAGGGUUACUCGAUGUCAUAUCUGGCACACCACUGGCUCUUUGAUCCCUUCAAAACGAUUCUUCCGGUGGAGCUAGUUAGUCUGCUGGUGGUGCACGGAGGCGGUCUCAUGCUGGAUCUGAGCGCCGGCUAUCUGCUGUUUUUUGAUGCAACGCGGCCUUAUGCCUUUUUCUUUGUGUCCUACUUCCACUGUAUGAACUCUCAGCUCUUCAGUAUCGGGAUGUUCUCCUACACGAUGUUGGCCACCAGCCCUCUCUUCUGCUACACCGACUGGCCGAGAAGAUUCUUCAGCCAUUUCCCAUCCUUCCUGAAGUCAGUCCUGCCUUUCACGUCACCGGAGUCUCAGACCAGCACCUCCUGUGUUUAUCCUGAGGGCCAAAGCACCAGCAGUGAGCGGCAGGAGACCCCAGCUGUUGCCAGAGUUUCUAAACUGAGAUUUAAGCACAAGCUUGGAGCCUUUUUUACUAUUCUCUACAUAGCUGAGCAGUUCUUCAUGCCCUAUUCCCACUUUAUCACACAGGGUUACAACAACUGGACAAACGGCCUGUACGGCUACUCGUGGGACAUGAUGGUUCACUCUCGCAGCCACCAGCAUGUGAAGAUCACCUACAAAGAUGGAAUAACUGGAGAAAUUGGAUAUCUGAACCCAGGGGUGUUCACACAGAGCAAACGCUGGAAAGACCACGGAGACAUGCUGAAGCAGUACGCUACAUGCCUCCAUCAGUUCCUGCCACGUUACAACAUCUCUGAUCCAGAAAUCUACUUUGACAUCUGGGUGUCCAUCAAUGAACGCUUCCAGCAGAGGAUCUUUGACCCUCGUGUGGACAUUGUGAAGGCUGAAUGGUCACCGUUCAAACCAAAUCCUUGGCUGAUGCCUCUCCUGGUCGAUCUCUCGCCCUGGAGGACAAAGUUCCAGGAGAUUGAGGGCAGUUUGGACAAUCAGACUGAGAUUGUCUUUAUUGCUGAUUUCCCAGGUCUCCACUUGGAGAACUUUGUGAGUGAAGAUCUGGGAAACACCAGCAUCCACGUUCUCCAGGGCCAAGUGAGCGUUGAGAUAGUGGAGGAGAAAAAGAACCACACUCUGCAGCCUGGCGAGCAGAUACAGGUACCUGCUGGGGCUUAUCAUAAGGUCUACACGGUGUCCGAGGGUCCCUCCUGCUACAUGUACAUCUAUGUGAACACCACUGAGGCGGCGCUGCAGGAGAACUUCACCAAACUGUUUGAGCUCCAGGAGCGAGUUCGCAAUGGAACAGAAACUGAGCCUCUCCCUCCUGAGCUGCAGCCUCUGAUAGCUGCAGAGGACGGAGAGGCGGAGGUCAACGCCACCGACCCGAUUGUGCGUCUGUUCCUGAAGAGGCAGCGCCGCAUGAAGGAGGUGAAGAAACGCAGGGAGGCUGGCGUGCUGGAGCGGUUUGAACGAUUUGCUGUGAAGAAGUAUUAUACGAUACGGAGAGGCUUCUUGAUGACAGCCAUUGCGAUGAGAAACCUGGCGGUGGGUCUCCCUCCGCUGGAGCAGCUCACAAGGGAAGUCGCCUUCGCCAACAUGAAAGAACCUGAGGCUGAGGCCAACCAAGACGAGCGGCUCAAAGACGAGGUCGGUCACGGAGAACUUUAAAGCAGCUGGGAUCAAAGAUUUUUCGGUACUGAUGAGUUUCCUGCAGGUGCUGCUUCACACAUUCUGGUCUGAUGUGUGUGUUAUUACUACUGGACUGUUACUGCUGGGACAUCGCUACCCAGACAUCAAAGGAUUUAACAUUUUCUAUGCUUCUGAAAUAUUUUUCCACAUUAUUUCCCAAGGCAAAAUCUGUAUUUUGUUAUAGAUUUUGUGGAAGAAUCUGACUUUAUUACAGAAGAUAAGUUUCUGUUACAGCUGCAGCAGAAGACUGUACGUUAACUGACUACAUUUAGUUAAAAAUGAGAUAAAUAAGUGCUUUUUGACAGCUACAAGGCAUUGCGAGAACUGCUAGAAGAAUAUAUUAUAAAUAAGCUAAGCUAUUAAAGCUGCUUGGUCUUGAAUGAAGAUUCAGAUAGGGGGAAGCUUGUGACUGAAUGGUUUUAUGUUUCAAGGGACAGAUAUCAGUGAAGAGGAUAAUUCUGGUUAAUAACUCACCUUUCUGUUGAUUCAUUUUCAGUUUAUAUCCCACUUGUAAUUAUAUUGAAUAAUUCUGGCCAAACCGCCAGAAGCCACGUUUACACAAUAUGUGAAAAUUUACUGAUUUCAAGGAGUUUUACUUUUGUGAUUUUUAAGCUACAAUGUGAGAAACAAACUGACAAUACGAAACGAUUGUUAGCUUGUGUAUCUGCAGCCUUUUUCAGUCCUUUUUUUCUAAUAAAGAGCUCAUUGUGUCAAAAAA